AUGCGAGAGAAGCGCGGCUGGCUUGAGCAGGGGCUCUCUCCCUUCCCACCACCCGGCUGCGCCGGCCGGAGGAGGAGGCGGAGGAGGCGGAGGUGGAAUCCGCGUCAGCUUUUCGAUGAGCGGCCUCGCCUCCCAGCCUCGCUCCCCCUGCCGGCCAAGGAAGGGCAAGAGCCGAAGAUGGCGGUUCUUCCAGCCGCUGCAGCGGCCGCGGCAACUUCCGAGCAGCAAAGCUCAAAUGGCCCCAUGAAGAAAUCGAUGCGAGAAAAGGCCGUGGAACGCAGAAAUAUUAACAAAGAGCAUAACAGUAACUUCAAGGCUGGAUACAUCCCGAUUGAUGAAGAUCGUCUACACAAAACUGGUUUGCGAGGCAGAAAAGGCAAUUUGGCAAUCUGUGUUCUGGUCCUCCUUUUCAUUUUGGCUGUUGUUAAUUUAAUCAUCACCUUCAUAAUUUGGGCUGUAAUUCGUAUUGGACCCAACGGCUGCGAUAGCAUGGAAUUUCAUGAUAGUGGAUUACUAAGAUUUAAACAAGAUUCUGACAUGGGAAUUAUACAUCCGUUGUAUAAGAGCACAGUGGGAGGCCGGCGGAAUGAAGAUUUGGUGAUUGUUGGAGAAAAUCAACCAAUUGUAUUUCAGCAGGGGGAAACAAAACUUAGUGUGGAGAAAAAUAAAACUUCAAUUACCAGCGAUAUCGGAAUGGAAUUUGUUGACCCACGAACUCAAAACACUUUAUUUAGCACUGACUACAAUACCCAUGAGUUUAAUUUGCCAAGUGGAGUAAAAAUUUUAAAUGUUCAAAAAGCAUCUACAGAAAGGAUUACAAGCAAUGCCACCAGUGAUCUCAAUAUAAAGGUUGAUGGGCGUGCUAUUGUCCGUGGAAAUGAAGGCGUGUUUAUUAUGGGCAAAACUAUAAAGUUUUCCAUGGGACGCAACUUGGAGCUGAAAGCCGACAACUCCAUUAUCCUAAAUGGAAGUGUGAUGAUCAAUGUAUCCCGACUGCCAAAUUCUUCUCACAAGGAACAAUUUAACAAUGGUGACUGGGAGCGUUACAAGCUUUGCAUGUGUUCGGAUGGGACAUUAUUCCGUAUUCCAGUGAAGAGCCGUAAUAUGGGUUGUCAAACCUCUAUCAACCCAUGCAAUACGUAUUAAAGGCAAAUGUGGGUACUGUGCAAAGAAAAAAUCACUAUAUUUAAGUUCAAGCCACUGCAUGUUUGGAAGGAUGUUUUUAGUUAUUUGUAGAAAUAUUAAAUGAAGCACUUCUCGCA